UUUUUGUUGAAGUUCGUUUUUCCUGGAAAAAUAUAAGAAACCUAUUAUUUCUUUGCCGCUGAACUUCAGAGUAUAACUGAUAUAAAGUAUGGCGCCAAGGAACGAGACCCAACUAAUUUAUUUUCAAAGAGCAACGCCAGUUACGACACUCUGCCGAGACUAAAAACCAAUCAGAGUGAUGCAAUCUUCACCACGUGGGCAAAAAAAAUCCGCUCUGCUUUGUUCGAGAAACAAAACUUUGGAAAUCAGAUGACGUUUAGGACAAACAUCCAUCCUGAUAUAUCUCCGCAAACUACAUUGAAGUUAAGUGGCACGUGGCUUGCAGGUGUGGCGCGAGACAUUUAGCGCAUUCCUCACUGUUAAACAAACCCGACUUUUGCAUAUUUUGUGUUAAAGAUAUAACCAAACUCCCCUUUGAGAACUGUUAUUUUCCAUCUGCUCAAGUUUAGUUUGAACCUUAAAUCUGGUGUUUUUAUUCAUUUGAGCAUUUUGUUGAGUCUCGCGCUGCAUGCUCCGCUGUGAGGAAGUAGCACGUGCUCCAAGUUACUUCAGUCAGCGUGGAAAUACACGCUACGCUACAAACCAGGGCAUCCAAAUCUACAGAGGAGGACAUGGAGUUUGAGUCGUCGGGUAUCGGUGAGGAAUGCGGGGUUUUUGGCUGUGUCGCAGCAGGAGAAUGGCCAACACAACUGGAGGUGGCACAGAUUUUGACACUUGGUCUUGUUGCUUUACAGCACAGGGGUCAAGAGAGUGCUGGAAUUGUCACAAGUACUGGAAUAAAUCCCCCGAUUUACACCACUCUGAAGGGAAUGGGUUUAGUGAACACAGCUUUUAAACCAGAGGACUUGCUGAAGCUGCGCAAUGGUAACCUUGGUAUUGGACACACACGUUACUCCACCACUGGCAUCUCAGAGCUGCAGAACUGCCAGCCUUUUGUGGUGGACACCCUGCAUGGCAAGAUUGCUGUGGCACACAAUGGAGAGCUGGUCAAUGCCUCUGCACUGCGCAAGAAGGUUAUGCGACAUGGGGUUGGCCUCUCCACCUGCUCAGACAGUGAGCUUAUCACUCAGCUCCUUGCACUGACUCCUCCCAUGGAGGAGCUUGACACUCCUGAUUGGGUGGCUCGUAUUAAAAAUCUGAUGACAGAGACACCUACAUCAUACUCACUGCUAGUGAUGCAUCAAGAUGUGAUCUAUGCUGUGAGAGACCCCUAUGGAAACAGGCCUCUCUGUAUUGGACGUCUAAUGCCCAUCUCCAAACUGCACACCUCAGGUGCUGGAGAAGGAGACACAGAAGGUUGGGUGGUUUCAUCUGAGUCCUGUAGCUUCCAGUCCAUUGGAGCAAGGUAUUAUCGUGAAGUACAGCCAGGGGAGAUAGUCCAGAUCUCUAAAAAUGGAGUGAAGAGCCUGACUGUUUUUCCACGCCCAGAGGGAGACCCUCCUGCCUUUUGCAUAUUUGAAUACGUUUACUUUGCCAGGCCAGACUCUAUAUUUGAAGGUCAAAUGGUAUAUACUGUGAGGCAGCGCUGUGGACGGCAGUUAGCCAUUGAGGCCCCUACUGACGCUGAUGUAGUAAGCACUGUUCCAGAAUCGGCCACACCUGCAGCAUUAGGAUACGCACAAGAGUCUGGACUUCCAUAUGUAGAGGUACUAUGUAAGAACCGUUAUGUGGGCAGAACGUUCAUUCAACCAAAUACUCGACUGCGUCAGCUUGGAGUGGCCAAGAAAUUUGGAGCAUUGACUGACAACUUUGCUGGCAAACGAGUGGUGCUUGUUGAUGAUUCUAUUGUCAGGGGCAACACCAUCUCCCCUAUUAUUAAACUGCUAAAGGAAGCAGGUGCAACAGAGGUCCACAUACGAGUUGCAUCUCCUCCGAUCCGGUUCCCAUGCUACAUGGGCAUCAACAUUCCUACCAAAGAGGAGCUAAUUGCUAACAAACCAGAGUUUGAGGAUAUAGCUGGCUAUAUUGGUGCUACAAGUGUGCGUUACCUUUCUGUUGAAGGCCUGGUGUCUGCUGUUCAAGGUGGGAUAGAGUCACAUGGGAAAGAUGAGAGGAUCUGCUCUAGCACUAAAACUAGUUUGGGCCACUGCACAGCCUGCCUCACAGGCAAAUACCCUGUGGAGCUGGAGUGGUGAAUUGCUGGCUUCCGAACUGUUAUUCAAUCAGUGUCUUAUCAAUUCUGUAUUAUAAAUGCAACUUCAUGACAUAAAACUAAAGCUAUGGUGUUUGUUACAGUCUUAAAGGAAUGGUUCCCCAAAAAAUUCAAAUUAUUUUAUAAUUUAUUCACCCUCAUGGCAUUCUUUGUGUAUGACUUUCUAUUUUCUGCAAAACACAAAGAUUUUUAAAAGAAUAUUUCAAUUCUGUAGGUCCAUACAAUACAAGUGAAUGGUGACCAAAUUUUGAAAGCUCCAAAAAACACACAAAGGCAGCAUAAAUGUAAUCCAUUAUAUUCCAGUGGUUUAAUCCAUGUCUUUGGAAGUAUUCUAAUUGGUUUUGGUGAGAAUUGACCAAAAUAUAAAUCCUUUUACACUAUAUAUCUUGACAUCACCAGUUUUCUUGGCGAUCAUGAUUGUGUGUCAAACAUUACCAAGAGUAAUGUAGCAUGAAAUUAUGAUUGUGCCUAGAGACUGCAAUGGCACAAUGUACAGUGAAAAGGGUUUCAUUUUGGUCUGUUCUCACCCAAAAGCAAUUGGAUUGCUUCAGAAGACAUUAAACCACUGGAGUCAUAUGGAUUACUUUUAUGCUGCUUUUGUGUGUUUUGAAGCUUCAAAGUUUUGGUCACCAUUCAAAAAAUCUUUGUAUUCUGCAGAAGUCAGCCAAUAAAUGAUGAGAGAAUUUUCAUUUUGGGUGAACUAUUCCUUUAACAUGUUAAAGCAUUGAUAAAUGUUAUAGAUAUCUUCUAAAAAGCAGGUCAUACUGAGAGUUAGAACUAAAAAAUAUGGAUCUAUUUUGAAAUUUCAAACAUUCCGUUUUCCUUAAUUCAUGUCAGCAUUGCUGCUGGUGAUUUGCAGAAUGCAAGUUCAGCUAAGAAUAGAAUGCAUUUUCACACUUAACACUACAUCCUGUAACAUUCCUAUGAGAAUUUAUAUUUCAAUAUCCCCCUAAGCAUUUGAGUCUGAUUUAAGUUUAUCAUUUUGAGCUGUCCUGCUACUUUAAGACAUAUUUUCCCACUUUUCAAUUUAUCCUCCAUACAAAAAAAAUAGAUGUGAAAUGCACUUAUUUGUUUAUUG